GUUGCAAAUCAAGAUAAAAAGCGGUUGCCUCAUGAGAUUUUGGAAAGCUGGAGAAUCGUUUUACCCCAACGACCAUCAUUAGCAAACGUUCACCUACCAUUUGGUUCGCCAAUGCCUUGGACACAUUCUAGUAAUCAUGAAAAUGAUUGUCAUAAACCUAAUCAGAAAUAGGUCUAACGAGAACACGUGGAAAGUCAUUUAAAUAAACCGUAAUUUUGGAUUAAAGACUGCGAAACAUUAAGAGUAAAUUAAAAUAAAAAAAGACAAAACAACAAGGUCACGCAAGUAAAGAAUAAUUUUAGUGCAUAAAAUUUUCCAUCAAAUCAAAUUUGGAUUUGCAUAUGAUGAGCAAAAAAUUAUUGUACUUUAAAAUCAAUUUAUUUUGUGUAUAUUCCGGAUUACCCACAUUUAUUUUAUUUUGUAUUAAGGCAUACAAGACGUAGUGUUCCUUAAUCCGUUCGACAGUUAUUUGAGGUCGUUAAAAUGAUUACUGAUUAGUCAUAUGUACGUAUAAAAGCGAGUGUUAAUUGAAUGGUUAAAUAGUUUAUCUUAAACUGACGAAGAUAUGGACUGUGAAAAAAAUCUAGAAAAGGAGCUUCUUGCACCCUACAUGCAUUUGCUGCAAGUUAAAAGCAAGCAGUUUCGGAAUAAAAUCGUAUUGGCCUUCAACUACUGGUUCAAGGUACCAGACGAUCUAGUUCAAAAUGCACUCAAUGCGAUGACAAUGACAUACAACGCAAGUUUAUUGAUCGAUGAUAUUCAAGAUAAUUCGAUAAAACGUCGAGGGAUUGAAGCAGCUCAUUGUAUUUAUGGAAUUCCAUUAACUAUUAAUACAGCAGUUCAUGUUUUGGUUCUGGCCCUAAAACAAGAAUUAGACCUCGUACCAGCCGCAUUGGGUGGUAACAUAUUUGUUGACCACGUUCUGGAUGUAAUUUACGGCCAAGGUGUUGAAAUUUACUGGCGAGACAACUUUAUGUGUCCGUCUGAAAAAGAGUAUAAAGAAAUGGUCCAGCAAAAAACUGGAGCAAUGCUUUUAUAUGGAGUGAAAUUAUUACAAGUUUUAAGUGAUGACAAAAGAAAUUACGACGAUUUUGUGAAACUUCUUGGUUUCUAUUUCCAAUUGAGAGACGACUACUGCAAUUUAAAACAACUAGAAGCAUUAGAGGAAUACCCUGAAAAGGAAGAUGAAAGUGUAAAUAAAGAGCAGGAUUUUUGUGAGGAUAUAACAGAGGGUAAAUUUAGUUUGCCUAUAAUACACGCUAUGAAGACGCCACAGGGCCCUACAAUUUUAAACAUAUUGCGGCAGCGAACUCGUGAUAUAGAGGUGAAGAAAUACUGCCUUUCGUUGAUAGAGAAGUCGGGCAGUCUACAGUACACGAGAGACUUGCUGUCUGAGUUGGAUCGAGAUGCCAGGAAAGAGCUCGUCCGUUUAGGCGGUAACCCUUUGAUGGAAGACGUUUUGGAUGGUCUAUUAAGUUGGAAAGGUUCCGAAAAUAUUUAAUAUAGUUUUUUUUAAAUAUGGAAUGUAUUUGUAAUUUUCUUAUAUUUUAUUUUGUUAUAUGGGUUUGUUUUUAGAACAAUAAAUAUGUAACGUUUUUAA